ACAGAGAGAAACCGAGAGGAACCAGCAAAAACAAAUCUUCUCCAACAAUCAAGGAAGUGAGAAUACCGACCACCUUCUCCCCCCCUCCACACGCAUGGCUGCCUAGUUCCAAACAGAACUUCUGCAGAAUUAAGUUCUGGGUGCGGAGGCGCGCGUGCGCUGGGUCCCCGCUUCGCAGGAUGGACAGUUUAAUAAGGACCGGGUUGUGCAGAAGAAUACAUCUGUUUCUUUUUAUCUUUCUUCACCUAUGGACGGCUCAAGCUGCUGAUCCUAUUGAUGUUCUGCGAGUGCUCGGGCUGUCAGAGAACAUGGACGGGGUGUCCUUGGAGGCUGGUCUCUGCACCAGCAGGAGGGGCACGGAGGAGAUGGACCUGGCUUACAAGAUCAAAAAGAUCCGGCUCAGUGCUCCCACUAAACAGCUAUACCCUGAUUCUAAAUUCCCUGAGAAUUUCUCCCUGAUGACAACCGUCAGGGCUACGAAAGGCUCCCAGUUCUUCCUCCUGUCGGUCUACGAUGACCAGGGGGUGCAGCAGCUGGGACUUGAAGUGGGGAGGUCACCUGUCUUCCUGUAUGAGGACCAGCAUGGACACCCCACUCCAGAACUUUACCCCACUUUCAGGAAGAUCAAUAUGGCCGAUGGAAAGUGGCACAGAAUAGCCUUUAGCGUGCACAACAAGUCCGUGACCCUUUAUUUGGAUUGUGAGAAAGUCGAGACCCUGGAUCUGCUGCGAGGGGACGAUGCUGUGGUCAGCUUAGAGGGGGUCACCGUGUUUGGAACGCGCCUGCUGGAUGAAGAAGUUUUUGAGCACAUCCAGCUUGAGUCUGAUGCCUCGACGCAAAGUGAUGAACUGGCCGAAAAAAAGGACGUCUCCAAAAAGGGCAAGCGAGACAAAAAGAACAAAAAGAAGAAGGACAAAAACUCUCGAGGAAAACGCAAAGGCAAGGGCAAGAAGGGGUCCAGAAAGAAAAAGCACGAAGAGGAGGGCGUUGAGGAAGGCUCCCUCCGAGCGUCUACAGCUCUGCCAGAGUUUCCGUCACAGGAAUCCUUCCCGCCUACAGAGCUCCCAGAUAUUAGGAGCACCCUAAAAACUAAUUUCCCCACUCAAGUUUUUGACAGGACCACUGUGGAGACGCAUAAACCUGACUUCGCGACUGAGGCCCCCACUGUGGUGCCCAGCAUACUGCCUGUGCCCGUGGUUACCAAGGAGGAGGACACGCCGCUGAAGAAGGAAAUGUUGGUGGAGUAUGAAGACAGCCUUUACGGAGACCUGUUUGAAGACCUCUCAGUUUCCACAGUUACCGCGGGCCCAAAUGUUACCGAACACGAGAUUCUYGAAUAUGAAGAUUCCAAGAAUGACACGGACUUGGAGUAUGAAGAGUAUGAAAUUUACGAGGACGACUUUGGCUUUGCAGAACGGGAACGAGUGGAGACGCUGAAUGUCGAGGCUGCACUCAGAGCAGAAAAGGGCCAAAAGGGAGAGCCGGCUAUUAUCGAACCGGGUCUUUUGGUGAUAGGACCCUCAGGUCUCCCAGGACCGGAGGGGCUCCCCGGACCAGCAGGACCAACAGGUCCUCCGGGACCCAGAGGUGAUCCAGGUGAUCUGGGCCCCCAAGGACGCCCUGGUCUUCCUGGGACUGAUGGAAUCCCAGGUCCUCCAGGAACCCUGCUGAUGCUACCAUUUCAUUAUGGAGGAGAUUCACAGAAGGGACCAGGRGUGUCCCCACAGGAGGCACAAGCACAAGCUAUCCUGCAACAGACCAAGAUGUCACUUCAGGGGCCUCCAGGGCCAUUGGGUCUCACAGGACGACCAGGCCCGGUGGGUGUUCCAGGUCCAUCUGGGCUUAAAGGUGACCUUGGAGAAGACGGCCCCCCGGGACUUCGUGGUUUGCCAGGCCCCCCAGGGAUUAAUGGAAAGCCAGGCAAGAGGGGACGUGCGGGUGUGGAUGGAGGUCGGGGAGCUCCAGGUGAAACAGGUGCAAAGGGUGACAGAGGCUUUGACGGUCUGCCAGGUCUCCCAGGAGACAAAGGACACAUAGGGGACAGAGGAAGGCUUGGUCCUCAAGGACCCGUUGGAGAGCCAGGAGAGAAGGGAUCUGAUGGACCUGUGGGACCAAGAGGACAACCAGGUGAACCUGGUCCCCGAGGUCUAGUCGGGCCGAGGGGGCCACCCGGGUCACCUGGACAAGCGGGGUUUCAUGGAAGUGACGGAGUUCAAGGGUCAAAGGGCAAUCAGGGUCCAUCUGGUGAAAUAGGACCCCCAGGUCAACAAGGAAAUCCUGGAGCACAGGGCUUUCCUGGUCCUCAGGGUCCCAUUGGACUGCCAGGAGAGAAGGGUCCCAUAGGUAAACAAGGCAUACAAGGAUUACCAGGUGUUGACGGUCCUCCYGGUCACCCAGGAAGAGAGGGCCCCCCAGGAGAAAAAGGCAUCCAAGGUUUACUUGGYAUCCAGGGUCCAGUUGGGUAUCCAGGUACUCGUGGAGUCAAGGGAGCAGAUGGAGUCCGAGGACUGAAGGGGAGCAAAGGAGAAAAAGGAGAAGAUGGCUUCCCAGGGUCUAAGGGUGACAUGGGUGUCAAAGGAGACAGGGGUGAUAAUGGAGUUCCUGGUCCACGUGGAGAGGAUGGUCCAGAAGGGCUAAAGGGUCAAUCAGGACCUGUGGGAGAUGCAGGACCAGCUGGAAUAGCAGGCGAAAAGGGUAAACUUGGCGUGCCUGGUUUGCCUGGUUACCCAGGAAGACAAGGUCCUAAGGGAACACUUGGCUUCCCCGGUGGAGCCGGCAUGCUGGGAGAGAAAGGGAGAAGGGGCGCAGCUGGUCAGCCAGGUCCAGGGGGUCAACGAGGUCCUAAUGGARCCAGAGGGGGAAGAGGACCAAAGGGGCCAACUGGAAAGCCUGGAGAAAAGGGUACUGCUGGACAAGAUGGUCCUCCAGGAGCUCUAGGAGACCGGGGUCCUCAAGGAGCACAAGGGGGGCAUGGUGAACCAGGACCUAGAGGACCUAAUGGUCCACCUGGAAAGGAUGGAUUACCAGGCCAUCCGGGUCAGAGAGGAGAACCAGGCUUCCAAGGAAAGAACGGACCUCCUGGCCCCCCAGGAGUUGUUGGACCACAGGGGAAAACUGGUGAGACAGGCCCAACUGGAGAUAGAGGUCAUCCAGGUGCACCGGGACCACCAGGUGAGCAUGGUUUACCUGGAACUGCUGGAAAAGAGGGUGCCAAGGGAGAUCCAGGUCCAUCAGGAAACCCAGGAAAGAGUGGACCUCCUGGGCUUAAAGGCUUCAGAGGGAGCAGAGGGACCCCUGGUGCAGUGGGUCCUCCAGGUCUAAAGGGAGGAGAAGGCCAACCUGGUGUUGCAGGAUCUACUGGUGCCACAGGAGAGAGGGGUCCCGCUGGGCCGGCUGGCGCUAUUGGCCAGCCAGGACGGUCGGGCAGCGUCGGUCCUGCUGGGCCUGCUGGAGAGAAAGGCGAGCCAGGAGAGAAGGGUGGCGUGGGGCCAGCUGGGCAUGAUGGGGAACCAGGACCUGCAGGACUUCCUGGGGUUACAGGAUCACCCGGGCCUCCCGGGGAGGACGGAGACAAGGGGGAACCAGGAGGACCGGGUCAGAAAGGCAGCAAAGGAGACAAAGGGGAAGGGGGACCACCAGGACCUGUUGGCAUUCAAGGGCCUGUGGGCCAACCAGGACCAUCUGGGGCAGAUGGUGACUCAGGUCCUCGUGGACAAAUGGGUGUGAAUGGGGCAAAAGGUGAUGAAGGACCCCGGGGAUUUAAGGGACCAACUGGUCCCUCUGGACUACAGGGGAUGCCCGGACCACCAGGAGAGAAAGGAGAAAGCGGUCAUGUUGGUUUAAUGGGACCUCCAGGACAGCAUGGCCCACGAGGCCCUCAGGGUCCCGUUGGUGCAGAGGGACCACAAGGAGCCUCUGGAGAGCCUGGUCCUCCAGGACCUCCUGGUCGAAGGGGUCAAGUUGGUGCUGCAGGAAAAGAAGGGAAACAAGGCAUGAAAGGAGCCAAAGGGGCUGCAGGAACCCCAGGUUUAGUGGGAAAAACAGGCCCAGUAGGACCUCAAGGGUCACCAGGACGGCCUGGCCCAGAAGGCCUCCGAGGCAUUCCUGGUCCUGCGGGUGAACAAGGGUUAAACGGACCACCAGGACAAACUGGGCCACCAGGACCAAUAGGACCACCAGGACUUCCAGGACUAAAAGGAGACCCUGGUAAAAAGGGAGAAAAGGGUCAUGGAGGCUUGAUUGGUUUAAUUGGCCCCCCAGGGGAGCCUGGUGAGAAAGGAGACCGAGGUUUGCCAGGAAUCCAAGGUUUACAAGGAACAAAAGGAGAUGAGGGUGUGGGCGGUCCACCUGGUCCCAUCGGCCCACCAGGUCAACCUGGGCUGUCUGGGCCAGCUGGCGGGAAAGGAUCGAAGGGAGAGCCGGGUGGAGUCGGUGCCAUAGGCGAUCCAGGCCCUGCUGGUCCUCCAGGACCCCCUGGGCCGCCCGCAACAGUGGUUCAGCCCCUGCCAGUUUGGGAGGGAAGGCGGAAGAGACGAAGGCACUCAGACGGAGCAGAAGAACCCGCUCUGACCAGGGAGGACACAGAGGACUUUCUUCAAGGAGACCAACCGCUGGAGGACGCUGAGGGAAUGGAGGAAGUCUUUGCCACUCUCUCGUCUAUGAAAAAUGAAGUGGAGUUCAUGAGGAAGCCUCUUGGAACAUUCGACAGCCCGGCCCGAACCUGCAAAGAAUUGAUGAUGAUUCAGCCUAACUACAGAGACGGGGACUACUGGAUAGAUCCUAACCAGGGCUGCCACAGAGACUCCAUUAAAGUCUUCUGUAACUUCACGGCCUUUGGAGAGACCUGUCUCUACCCUGACAAAAGGAUCGAAACAGUGAAAUUAGCAGCAUGGAGCAAAGAGAAACCAGGAAGCUGGUUUAGCCAAUACAAGAAGGGCAAACAGUUCUCUUACGCCGACAGUGAUGGGAACCCUGUGCAUGUAGUCCAGCUGACCUUCCUGAAGCUCCUAAGUGCCACAGCCAAGCAGCGCUUCACUUAUACCUGUCAGAAUUCAGCAGGCUGGUUCGACAACACCUCCCGCUCCUACCGCCACGCCCUCCGCCUCCGUGGCAGCAACGACGAGGAGCUCACCCAAGCCAAAAGCCCCUUCAUCACAGCGGUCCAUGAUGGAUGCCAGCUCCGCAAAGGUCAGGACAGGACAGUUUUAGAGAUUGAUUCCCCGUCAGCGGAGCUCCUCCCGAUUAUAGAUGUGGCUCCAGCAGACUUUGGCAGCAACAACCAGAAGUUUGGAUUCGAAGUUGGACAAGUGUGCUUCCUCGGUUAACAUCUUGGCAGCAACGAACACGCAGGACCUUUGCAGGAAGUUUUCAGUGAAAGAAACUGGACUUUAAUUUAUGUCUGCCCCAAACAAUAUUUAUGAUGCUGUGUUGUGUGUGUGGUUAGUUUGUGGUACGUUAUUUAAAACCUUUCAGCAGCCAUUGUAAUCCUUUCAGUGGAUUUCAAAAAAGAGAGAGAGAGAAAAAAAGAAGAUAUGCGUCAGUGGGAACAAAGCACAUAUACCGAAUGGAAUUAUUGCAAUUAAAUUUUGAAUUUCAAGAGUGUUAAUUUGUUUAUUUAAAUGGGCCAUGAUAGAUCUGCUGAAAUUGCAAGCACUGCACAACUUGUCUUUUAACAAUUGUAAGCAAAUGAAUCUGUGCAGUUAGAGAAUGUUCAACUGUGGUUUAAACACUUAAAACUGAGACUGGAAAAUUCUGAUUGCAGAACUCAUUUACAUGCUUGGAUUUCAAUACAUUUACAAUUACACUGCAGUUAUGAACUAGGAAAGGAUAUUAAUUCUACACAAGCACUCUAAUUAAUUUCCUGUGUGCAGCGAUGAUAAAUUGUCCUUUUUUUACCUUUCAACUGCAGUUUGCUCAGUGAAUUACUUUGUUUUGUAUUCAUUAGGUACUGCAAAAAUAUUGAACUCAACAUUUUAUUGAAAGAAUAAGGUUGUCUCCUUUUUCAGACUCCAUCCCUUCAUACACUAAAUAUUACAUUUUUUGAGGCCUCCAUGUUUCCACAGUAUUGAGUACUGUAUGCAUCAGAGUCAAAUCCUUUCAACAGCGCUGUUUCACACCCCAGGACAUAUAGAGCAAUAUUUCUAGGCUUGAAUUGAGAGCAUGCUGAUUGAAAUGUUUUUUAGUCUAAACUGCAGUUCCGCACACCAAAAAGACAGUUUAUGUAUCUCCUGAGUACAUUUUAUAAUUGCUAACCUAACCAGUUUUUCUUGCUGUUAUUGUUUUUGCUUGACUCAUUGUUUUUGUGCGUUUGUGUGUGAGUUCUAAUUUUUUAUUUUUUAUUUUUCAUAUGCUGUAAUUUGAACAGAAUGCAAUGAUAUUCUGGCACAAUUUGCUCUUUUGAGGUGCUACAAAUGAUUUUUUUGUGUGUGUUUGUGCGUAUAACUAUGUUUGUGUGUCUCUGUGGGCAGGCUUAUAGGACUAGAGAGUUAAAGGGUUAUUGCUCUUUCAGCAGCCUGAAACACUCCAAGAGGUUGGGGACUUCUCUCCUGUUUUUUUGCACAUCUUCUGGCUGACUGUGCCUUUUUCACUGAGCCAGCAAAAUGAUGCUUUGAACAGCUCAGAGCAACAUGGCUGAUUGCUUUAAGAGAAAAUCAACUGUUAGAUUAUUUUACAUUCUGAUGUUCUGGUGAUUUAAAAACAUAGAUCCAUUAUCUAAAAUAAAAACAAAAAUGCAUUGUGACAACUGCAGGUAAAACAGUAGGAUUUAAGAGUUUGACUCAUUGUGUUCUUUAAAAAAGUGCAUUUUUUUGAGCAUUGGAAACGGUGAAAUUUGCCAUUGGUGCUAAUAUUACUCUGUAUCUGAAACUUCAUUAUUUACUGUCUGCAGAGAAAUUCUCAGGAUUUUUUUGUGAUGUUUAAUUGUAACAGUCUGUUAAAUAUUGGCUCAAAGUCACUUUUUUGAAUUGGCAAAUUGAGCUGUAAAAAACACAGAAAUGACGUGUGCGUGAAUUACAUAUUAUGGCUGAUUUCCUGUCAACUAAAUGACAUUUCUUAAUUCUAAACUACCUCCUCUGACUCAAAUAGUAGCCUGUGUAUACAGCRUGUGCAAUUAUGCCAUUCAGUCCUGUUGUUUUGUUCAUUUCAUAGCAUUUAAGCAUUACAGUUGAUCGUCUCCUCCUUUUCCAUCGUACACUGCCCUUACUGUGUAUAGUCUUUGUUGUACUAAAUUUAUAUACUGUACAGUUUUUUUUAUUUUGAGAGUAACAACAUGGUGCCAGAAUAGAAAAAAAUAAAAUGUAAUUGUCCAAAGUUGAUGAGCAAAUAAAAACCCUACAAUAAAACAGCUAUGUUUGA